CCUCGUUCUCUAAUCGAUUGCUCAAUCAUUUUGUUGUUGGAUUGAAUCGAAAAGUGGGUAAAUUUAAAAAAGCUGCAGAAUUUGAAAUCUGUGAGUUUUGGGGGUUUAAUAAUGGCGAAAGCAGGAGGGAUCACGAACGCAGUGAACGUAGGAAUCGCUGUUCAAGCUGAUUGGGAGAAUCGAGAAUUUAUCUCACAUAUCUCUCUUAAUGUUCGUCGUCUCUUUGAAUUCCUAGUCCAAUUUGAAUCGACCACAAAGAGCAAGUUGGCUUCUUUGAAUGAGAAGUUGGAUCUGUUGGAACGUCGCUUGGAAAUGCUGGAAGUGCAAAUCAAAACCAAGCUUGAAGCUGCAAACAAGUCUGUCAAAGACUGGCUACCUACCUAUGGUCUAAAGGAUCCUCUGAUUCAUCUAGAGGGUCUUCUUCUCAGGGACAAAGAUCGGAUUUUGCAAGAUAAAGGUAAACAGAAGGAGGUCCUACUGAAGGAUCUUGAUCUUAUCAUCUCCAAGCCUGCUGGUUCAGGUUUUAUGGCAGAUGCUAGGAAAGGAUUGGCAAGUUCAAGCAUGAUGCUUGCUUCGGGGAAUCAAUUUGAUGAUUUAUCAGAUGGGAUGCCAGAUUUGGAUGUUUUAACUGGCUUUAGCUCAGGUUGUUGUGAAGCCAGUACUUCAGGUACAAGCUUUAAGACUCACAAAAUGAAGAAACCUAUUUCAUCUUGGUCAAGAAAAGGUAAAUCAGGCAAGGAACUUCCUUUGAAGGAUAAGGUUAGUCAAGAUCAUUCUAAAGAGCAGUUUGAUAGAGUUUUCAAACGAAAGGCACAGUCCUCUGAUUCUUCUGAUUCUAAGUGCUUCAAGAGAGAUAAUACUACGGUGGUUCAUGGUGAACCACCGUUGGAUCAGUAGGGCGUCCUAAGCUGGAAUUGUCAAGGGUU